ACACAUUUUUAAACCGGGAGCCACGUAAAGUAGUGAAUGGUCAGUAGAAGUUAGUAGUCAGCCUGAAUGCGGUGGUGAGCGGUAGUAAGAUACGAGGUACCGCUCGUAACUCUACGAUUCAAAACUAUCGCGUCCAACAAAAGUGAUUUUUUACAAAAAUGGUUGCAAUAAAAGGCCGAAAAAAUUCUAACAAGAAUCCACCGAUAUUCAGUCAUGAAUUUAUUAUUCAAAAUCACGCCGAUAUCGUUUCCUGCAUAGCUAUGGUUUUUGUAAUCGGUUUAAUGGUACAGGUUACAUCACCAUGGGCUUAUACAUUUAUUGCCAUACAUCAUAAUAUAUCUACAGCAGCUACUGAUGAUCUGAUAUUACCACAAAAAUAUACAAUUGGAUGGAAAGAUGCAUGUGCUGUAUUUUUUUAUUUCUUAAUAAUUAUUGUAAUGCAUGCUGUAUUCCAAGAAUAUAUAUUUGAUAAAAUAUCAAAACGACUUCACUUAAGCAAAGUAAAACUUGCAAAGUUCAAUGAAUCCAGUCAAUUGGUACUAUUUUAUCUGCUGUCCGUUAUUUGGGGCAUUGAUAUUAUAAUCAGAGAUAAUUUAUUAUUAAAUAUAACUUCCUUAUGGUUGGAUUAUCCAAUACUCUUAUCUUUCUCCUUAAAGUUAUUUUUUAUUGGACAACUUUCUUACUGGUUACAUUGUUACCCAGAAUUAUAUUUUCAAAGAAUAAAAAAAGAAGAUAUUGCACAACGUGUUAUAUAUACUACUGUAGGAUUGCUCUUCACUUUUACAGCCUAUUUCCUGAAUUUCCAACAAGUAGGCAUAAUAUUAUUUGUUCUUCAUUAUACUGGAGAUGUUUUACUACAUGGUGCAAGAAUUAAUCACUUUGUUAAUCAGAAAGAAAAUGUAACAAGAAUAUGGUUCCUGAUCGCCAAUUCAAUAUAUGUGUUUGUUCGUAUUGCAUCUUUAGUGCUUACAUUUAUAGUAUUUUUUUAUGGAUUCAAUCAAAUUGAAAGUUCAUUUGAUUACUCCACUGGAAACUUCAAUAUUCCGAUUGUACAAUACACUGUUUUAAGUGUGAUUAUAUUUUUCCAAAUUUAUCUUUUACAUAAAUUUGUUAUGAGACAAAUUAAACGCGCUCGAGAGAAUACAACUCCUGUCAUUACGAAAAUAAAACCAAAACAAAAAUUGAAAAAAAAGGAAGGUAAAAAAUCAACCUUGUCUGAAGAUGAUGAAUUACCUGAAGUAGAUCAAGCAACUAAAAAGAAUUUAAGAUCUCGUUCUUCUACGAAAGCAAAAUAACUUCUUAUAUACACAUACACACACACACACACACACACAUAUUUAAUAAAACUGUAUAAGGCUGAUUAAAUAUCAGAUAUCAUUCACUUCUGUAUAAUCAGUAUCAAAAAGUGAAUAUUCCGAAAUAUAUAGGUUCUUCCUUAACCAUAGGAUUCAUAAAAGAAAUUAAAUUUUAAUGUAAUUCAAGGAAAUCAUAAAAACAUCUUCACAACCUAUGUAUAUUAAAUAUUCUAAUUACGAAAAUAAAAUCUUUUUAUAUAA